GUUCAGUGUAGUGAGGAACACUGCUCUGCGCUACUCGCAGGAAACAGCCACGGUCAGUUUCAAUGUUUUUUUUUUUUUUUUUUUUUUUUUCCGUACCUCUUAACUACUGACUAUAAACAAAAUGUUAAUUUCAAAUCAACAUUUCACAGAUACCUCUGUUAUCUGUGAGAUUCCCAUAUACAUUUAAGUGGAGAUGAAACUCAUGAAGGAGCUACUAUUCCUCCUCGUGGCUGCCCAGGGAGUCACCAAAGAGAUUAGAGAGCAGGGACAACAACGAAACUGGAAGGUGUACCGCCCGCAACCCUCUGACUCCUGGUCUGCGGCUCCAGCAUGCAUUCCUGCUGAGGAAGUUUCAACUUUCACCCUCCUCAACUUCGCUCUAGCUACGGCUCAGAUGGCCUCCAACAUCGCAAAUAACAUUGCAAAUGAUAACAACAACAACAACAACAACAACAACAACAACAAUAACAACAAUUUACUUAAUGCUAACAUCGUUAAUACCAACAACAACAAUAAUAAUGUGAAUGACAUCGACUUUAAUAGACCAAUAGGACGAAGCCACUUCAAUAAUAAAUUGUCGACACUUCUGAUGAAAGCCUGCAGAAUUACCAAUGUUACCACGCUCCUUGAUAGGCGAUCUCGUUCUCGCAGGUCCAUGACGCGAGAUAUACAGACUGAAAUCGAGAAUUUGGUGUCGUUCGCGGUGAUGAAGGUACUACUCAAUUGGCAUAUUAUGUCAGAAGAAGUUCCUCCAAUAGUCUCCUCUUCCUCCCUUGCGAAAGCUGCUCUGGGCUCAGCUUUCCGGGGGGUUGGAAGGAGCCUGCAGGACCAUCCUAUCGUGGCCGUUGUUACCAAGAUUCUCUGGCAACAUAGUCGCAGUGUGAGCUAUUACUGAAACCUACAUUACUUUAUGUUACUAUUUACGAAUGAAAAUGUAAUAUUCUUACCUGUAAACCAAAAUACUACCUAU